UCAACUUGUCCGGUGAUUCGAUCCCGUUGAGUAUACUCACCCGCCCCGCCACCACGCAGCAACUUCUUUGUGCAGCGCGUCCUCAGCCACGGUGACGGUGAGUUCAGGCGCGAUAUCGUGGUGGAGCUCAUGAAGGAGGUCGCUAGCCUUUCCCUCGACCAGAACGGGAGUUACGUCGUGCAGCACUGCUUCCUCAACUGGGUCGACCUGCUGCCCCGCGUGCUCACGGCUUGUACUGCGCUGGGCACAAGAGAUCUUGAAGAGCUGGUGCUGACGCCCCCUGGCAACAUCGUCCCCGCCAAGCUGCUCGACACAGGCUACGAUUACUGCCGGGAGUUGACGCGGGGUCUGGCGAACAAAAUUCACCUCGUCAUCAGCCCGAGUGUCCGGACAAACCCUCGGUCGAAGAGGGUGCUGAACUGCGUCGGGAGGGUGCGAUAUAUCUAGCGCCCUGCCGCUGUCGUCCAUUAGGUUCUCUCCACCAGAUUAGCUUGCGAUCGUGUCAUUUGUUGCCUGCAUUCUUCUUCCGAUAGGCCGCUAGAUGCAUGAUAACUGUCUUUCGCCCGUAUCCACUGUUGUCGAUCUGGAACCAGCUCUUUCGGAUGGUUACCGUGCAGCGUACAUGUGUAUAUACCUGAUGCGCGCGCGAUGCGGCAUGCAUGUUGCUGGAACUUGGUAUUAUCUAGCCUAACUGAGAAUGUCCUCUUCCUUCUUUGAUGUGAAGCUAGUGUGUGUACUAGUACUAGAUAUAGUGUCAGGUUCAUGAUAAAAAAAACUUUGCAGCAAAGAACAUGAGCAGACAAUUUGCCUCCAUUUUA